CUCUCUCUCUCUUAACGUUUUUCUUUCCAUUUUGUUAUUUGCUUCCUCAAAAUUAAUCAAUUGGCCGCCAUGUCCAUGUCCAUGUCCACCAAAGGAUUCAUCGUCUACCUCGUAUCCGGUUUCUCUGUUGCUGUUCUGUCUGCGGUGUUCCUCACCCAAACCCAUGACCACAAACCAUCUCUUUCGUCACUAUCAUCACCCUCUCCCAAUUCCCUUCGUUAUGGAUCCGGAACCGAUAAAGUUUGGCCCGAAUUGGAGUUUAGUUGGAGACUUGCCUUGGCUACUGUGAUUGGCUUUCUGGGAUCUGCUUUUGGAACCGUUGGUGGGGUUGGUGGUGGUGGCAUUUUCGUUCCAAUGCUUACUCUUAUUCUUGGUUUUGAUACCAAGUCUGCUGCUGCUCUUUCUAAAUGUAUGAUAAUGGGUGGGUCAGCAUCUUCGGUUUGGUAUAACCUUAGAGUGCGUCAUCCAACGAAAGAGGUUCCUAUAUUAGACUACGAUCUGGCUCUUAUUUUUCAGCCUAUGCUCAUGCUUGGUAUCACUGUUGGUGUCGCCCUCAGUGUUGUUUUCCCUUACUGGCUCAUCACUGUCCUCAUCAUUAUUCUUUUCAUAGGAACCUCCUCAAGGUCUUUCUUUAAGGCAACCGAGAUGUGGAAGGAAGAGACUCUUCUCAAGAAAGAAAUGGCCAAGCAACAAGCGACUAUUGUCAAUUCUCGUGGAGAACUUUUAAUCGACACAGAAUAUGAGCCUUUGAUUCCUAGAGAAGAGAAGUCACCUAUGCAAAUUCUUUGCUUCAACCUUAAGUGGAAAGGGAUUUUGAUGCUAAUGGUUGUGUGGGUUUCUUUCCUACUACUUCAAGUUAUCAAGAAUAAUGUAGAGGUUUGCGGUGUAUGGUAUUGGGUGCUUUUCUCCUUACAGUUUCCUAUAGCACUUGUGGUGUUUGGCUAUGAAGCAGUGAAAUUAUACAAGGAUCACAAAAAGAGGAUGGGCACAGGAAACCAGGAAUCCAUCUGCGAGGCUUCAAUUGAAUGGACUGCUUUACACAUUAUAUUUUGUGCAUUAUGUGGUAUCUUAGGGGGAACUGUUGGAGGCCUACUUGGUUGUGGAGGUGGGUUCAUUUUGGGCCCUCUUCUCAUAGAGAUUGGUGUCAUCCCCCAGGUUGCUAGUGCAACAGCAACAUUUGUGAUGAUGUUUUCAUCAUCUCUGUCUGUGGUAGAAUUCUACCUUCUCAAGAGGUUCCCCAUUCCUUACGCGUUAUACCUCACCACAGUGUCCGUUUUGGCUGGCUUCUGGGGACAGUUCUUAGUAAGAAAAUUAAUGGCAAUUCUUAAAAGGGCCUCAAUCAUUGUAUUCAUCCUCUCAGGGGUCAUUUUUGCUAGCGCUCUCACCAUGGGUGUCGUGGGCAUUGAGAAGAGCAUUCGAAUGAUCCAAAACCACGAGUUUAUGGGAUUUUUAGGCUUUUGUAGCAGUCAAUGAUUUCUGAAGUGUGCAGUGGGUAGCAAACAAAGGGAAUACUCCGGAGUCAGUGUGAAAAAAGCUUGUAAAUUCAGGGUAGGACAACAGCAGCGUUCAUGAAUGUUGGUCAAUGCCUAGUUGACCAACAUGAUGAUCCUUUUUCUCCAAAUAAUAAAUAAGGCUAGCUUGCUCACCCCUUUGUGAAGCACCGUUUGUGUUUGAGUCAUAAGUGUUAGCUACUGGCUAACACUUCUCAUUGCAGUGCAUCAAUUGUUUGAUUUUUCAUUUAAAAUUUUUUAUGUUGGUAUUCAUUCAAAUCCAUUGUCAGUGUGAAAAAGCUAGUGAAUUCAGGGUAGGACAACAGCGUUUAGGAAUGUUGGUCAAUGCCUAGUUGACCCCAAGGAAGAUCCUUUUCUCCAUGUAAUAAACAAGGCUUGAUUUCCCUCCCCCAUUGAGAAAAUCUGUUUUGGUUGAGUGUUAGCUAACAAUUUUCUCAUUG